ACUCGGCGGGCCUCAGGGCGGCACUCUGGGCCCGCGGCCUGCGCUCUCGGGCGGGCCGGGCUCGAUCCGGGCCGGCUGCGAACGUGUCUCCCGGUGACGCAGUCGCGGGUGGAGAACGUGGUGUGGCGGCGACUGUGCGCAGGGCUGUCUCGGAGAAAACGCGGGUCUCCGCGGCGCUCGGCAAGGAACGGACGGCCUCUCGGGUACGGCCGGCGCGGGGCCUGGCGGGGCCGAGGAGGCCCGGAGGCUGCCGGGGUCGCGCCCCGUGACGCCCCCGCGCUCGCUCUCGCCGGUGCAGGCGCAGCUGCGAGCCGAGGCUCCAUGUUAGGAAGCGCCGCGCGCCCUCGUUAGCGGGAUACGGGUGCCGCGGGUAGAGCCCCGGGCUGGGCGCAGCGAAGAUGGAGGCCCCACUGAGGCCUGCCGCCGACAUCCUGAGGCGGAACCCGCAGCACGACUACGAGCUGGUGCAGAGGGUCGGCAGCGGCACCUACGGGGACGUAUACAAGGCUAGAAAUGUACAUACAGGAGAAUUAGCUGCAGUAAAAAUCAUCAAAUUGGAGCCUGGUGAUGAUUUUUCUUUGAUUCAACAAGAAAUAUUUAUGGUUAAAGAAUGUAAACAUUGCAACAUCGUAGCCUACUUUGGGAGCUAUCUCAGUAGGGAGAAACUGUGGAUUUGCAUGGAGUACUGCGGUGGCGGAUCACUUCAAGAUAUCUAUCAUGUUACUGGACCAUUAUCUGAAUUGCAAAUAGCCUAUGUCUGCAGAGAGACCUUGCAGGGUCUUGCCUAUUUGCAUACUAAAGGCAAAAUGCAUAGAGAUAUCAAAGGUGCAAAUAUCUUAUUAACAGACCAUGGUGAUGUAAAAUUAGCUGAUUUUGGUGUGGCUGCAAAAAUCACAGCUACCAUUGCGAAGAGGAAAUCCUUCAUUGGCACUCCUUACUGGAUGGCUCCAGAAGUUGCAGCAGUGGAAAAGAAUGGUGGCUACAACCAACUCUGCGACAUCUGGGCAGUCGGAAUAACAGCAAUCGAGCUCGGAGAACUUCAGCCGCCUAUGUUUGACCUUCAUCCAAUGAGGGCUCUCUUCUUAAUGUCAAAAAGUAAUUUCCAGCCUCCAAAGCUAAAGGACAAAACUAAAUGGUCAUCGACAUUCCAUAAUUUUGUCAAAAUAGCACUAACUAAAAACCCCAAGAAAAGACCAACUGCUGAAAGGCUUCUGACUCACACUUUUGUUGGGCAGUCAGGUCUGUCUCGGGCCCUCGCGGUUGAGCUGUUGGACAAGGUGAACAAUCCUGACAACCACGCUCACUACAGUGAAGGUGAUGACGAUGACUUUGAGCCCCAUGCAAUCAUUCGUCAUACCAUUAGGUCAACGAACAGGAACUCCAGAGCUGAGCGGACAGCUUCAGAAAUAAACUUUGACAAAUUACAGUUUGAACCUCCUCUGAGAAAAGAAACGGAAGCCCGGGAUGAAAUGGGACUAUCAUCAGAACCAAACUUUGUAUUACAUUGGAAUCCUUUUGUGGAUGGUGCAAAUACAGGCAGAUCAACCUCUAAGCGUGCAAUACCACCUCCACUACCUCCUAAGCCAAGGAUAAACACUUACCCUGAAGACAGCCUCCCAGAUGAAGAAAAAUCAUCAACCAUCAAACGUUGCCCUGAUCUGGAGUCUAGAGCACCUCAGGUCCUCAGAAGACAGAGUAGCCCAAGUUGUGUUCCUGUACUGGAGACAUCCUCUAUAGGAAAUGGUGAUGGUAUUUCAAAACUGAUCAGUGAAAAUACAGAGGGAUCAGCACAAGCUCCGCAGCUACCUCGAAAAAAGGACAAACGGGACUUCCCUAAACCAACCAUCAAUGGCCUUCCACCCACCCCAAAAGUGCUGAUGGGAGCAUGUUUUUCAAAAGUAUUUGAUGGCUGCCCUUUGAAAAUUAAUUGUGCAACAUCCUGGAUACACCCUGAUACAAAAGAUCAGUAUAUUAUUUUUGGAACUGAAGAUGGUAUUUACACAUUGAAUCUUAAUGAGCUACAUGAAGCAACUAUGGAACAGUUGUUUCCACGGAAGUGUACAUGGCUCUACGUCAUCAAUAAUACACUGAUGUCAUUAUCAGAAGGAAAAACCUUUCAGCUCUACUCCCACAACUUGAUUGCUUUGUUCGAGCAAGCCAAAAAGCCAGGGUUAGCCGCCCACAUCCAAACUCACAGGUUUCCCGACCGCAUUCUGCCAAGGAAAUUUGCCUUAACAACAAAGAUUCCCGAUACAAAAGGCUGCCACAAAUGCUGCAUAGUUAGAAACCCUUACACAGGACAUAAAUACCUCUGCGGAGCUUUGCAGUCUGGGAUUGUUCUGCUUCAGUGGUAUGAACCCAUGCAGAAAUUCAUGUUGAUAAAGCAUUUUGAUUUUCCUUUACCAAGUCCACUGAAUGUUUUUGAAAUGCUAGUGAUACCAGAGCAGGAGUACCCCAUGGUAUGUGUGGCUAUCAGCAAAGGCACAGAGUCAAACCAAGUAGUUCAGUUUGAGACAAUCAACUUGAAUUCUGCAUCUUCCUGGUUUACAGAAAUUGGUGCAGGCAGCCAACAGCUGGAUUCCAUUCAUGUGACGCAGUUGGAGAGAGAUACUGUUUUGGUGUGUUUAGACAAAUUUGUAAAAAUUGUAAAUCUACAAGGAAAGCUGAAGUCCAGUAAGAAGCUGGCAUCUGAGCUCAGUUUUGACUUCCGAAUUGAGUCUGUAGUGUGCCUUCAAGACAGCGUGUUGGCUUUCUGGAAACACGGGAUGCAGGGUAAAAGCUUCAAAUCAGAUGAGGUUACCCAGGAAAUUUCAGAUGAAACAAGAGUUUUCCGCCUGCUGGGAUCAGACAGGGUUGUUGUUUUGGAAAGUAGGCCAACAGAAAACCCUACAGCACACAGCAAUCUCUACAUCCUGGCUGGACAUGAAAACAGUUACUAAGCAACAGAGAUGAAUUCCAACUAACAAGAAGAUGAAUGAAUAUGUUCCAUUGAAAGCAAGAGUGUUUUAAGGGAAUUCAGUACAGACUUCAGUGUGACUUGCUUUAAUUGUUGUGGGUUUUAUAUCAAAUGAACUGUACAUUAGGAUAGAUUUCAGUAUUUUCUGUAGCUGGAAACAGCUAGUCAAUCUCUUGCCACUGUGUGGUGGUUAUAUCAAGUUUGCUUAAUAAAAGCUAUGAGACAAAUAGUCCUCUAGUUCCAAGAAACACAGUCCUUUUAAACAAACAAACAAAAAAAAAACAAUGUUUGUAACAAGGUGCCAUGGUGUUUUUAAAUAACUCAUGUGAUUAUCUUGAGAGGGAGUUUAGUGAGCAUUAUAUCAUUUUAUACCAUAUCUUACUCCUUCCUACUGAACAUAAUUUGAUAAGAAGUUAUCCAACAAGCCUUUCACUUUGACAUUGGCCGUUCUGUAUGUUUUUGUAAGAUAGAAUAUUUAAUCCUUAUUUAUUAAUCUCUUGCUGGAGUGGUGUAAUGUUUCUAACUUUUAGCAAAGGAAGGUUGCAGAGCAGCUGAAAUUUUUUAUAAUGUGUGAAAUUUUUGUUUACCUUUAUAGAGUAGUGCUUUAGGAGUUACUGGCAGUGUGUUUGGGGGUCCAGCACAUGCAGUUUCAAUUUAACAAAAUAUUUUAUGACACAGUUUCAUGCAGGGUUACCUUAAAGGGAAUUUGUUUUCAACUACAGAUGGUUGUAAGGGCUCAUGCAGAAAUACUGAUGGUGGACAAAAAGCCUUAGCAGGGAUGUGUAAUGUCUAGGUGUGACUACUGCAUUAUUGACAAGCAGUAUAACAUACCUGUGAUUUUGUUUUUUACAUUAGGGAUAAUGCAUAAGAAAUUAAUCUUCAUAUAUAUCAUGAUCCCUAAUGUUUGGGAGAAAUAUAUUUAACUGCCCAUAUUAUGUAUUUUACGUAUAUUAUGCCAAGGGGGAAACUGCAAAGUAAUUACACGUGUAAUCUUGGGGUUUUCACAUACAUAGGUAUUCAUCAUGAGUAGGUUUAAGAGGAAAAAAAAAACACUUUAAGUGAAAUUGAAAUUUCUGAUGGGAGAGUAUGGUUAAAUGAUGUUGUUUUUAUAUUUUUUAAAAAGCCAGUAUACUAAAAUCAAAAAAGGAUAGGGCUAUCUUUUAGUUUGUUUUUCUUUUACAAUUCUUAGUAUUCAGAAUUGAUGUGUUCUAUUGGUACCAGCUGUCUUAAUGCAUUUAUUAAGAACAGUUAGCAUUGAGUUAAUGAACAGAGGGCUAAUAGUAGCAAACUAUAGAAAUAGUCUGACCACAUACUUGACAGGAAAACAAUGUACCUAUCUCAUUUUUAGCAGUUUUAUAAAGAACAUGUUAUCAUCUCCACUUUCCAAGUGAGGAAUUAAAAGUUUAACAGAGUUAAGCAACUUACCUGUUACAUAUUGGUUAGUUCUUGAGCCAGACCAAGAGUCCUUCGACUCUCCUCUUUUCACUAUGCAAUAUACAAGUAAUAAAAUGUUACGCAAAUGAA